GAAAGCAUCUUAAUUUAGAGUGCGGUCUCAGCUGGUCCUGCCAUUCCAGAUAAACAGAGAAACCAUUCUGAAUUAGGGAUGGGGGUGAGGAUGGGAACAAGAGUCUGUGUCCUGCCGGGGCAGGCCAUUGGAAGAUGUGAAAGAGUUGUCUGUUUCCUUCCACCGGACGGAAGCUUCAGGUCAGCCAGGUGUCUGGAGUGUGAACCCUGUACCAGCACCGGAAGGUUCUAGAAGUCAGACUUUUGGGCAGUGUGUCAUUAACUCUCAGCAUGCAGGCCUCGCUUGGCCCACAGCAAGGUCCUCUCGCCUCCCUUUGGGUAAAUACUGAGGGGUGCCUCUGCAGGACGGGACCUCUGCCAGACUCUACUCCAUCCCCAGAGAAGCAGGGAAACCAAAAUUGGAGUCAGCCUUGAGGUGUAGCUGUCGAGCCCUCGGCAGCUGGGGAGAGCUGGCAGAUGCUGCCCUCCCCCCAGUUUCCAAAUGGUGUUGUUUGAAAAGGGGCAGGGGACAGGGGGACAGAUGGUGGGAAGAGCACAGCGCAGACACCUGGCACCAGCUCUGAAGGCAGCAUGGCAGCUACACCGUUGGCUGGGAAGGGUGUGCCCCUGAAGAAGUUGUUUACAUUCUCGAGUCACUUUUCCUAGAGUGUACAAUGGACCUGUGGGAAAGCCUGUAUGAAAGGGUAAUGAUGAGGGACUUAGCACAGUGUCCAGUAUUUUGUAGGAAUUGGAUAUCAUCAUAGGAGCUCAAUUUUAUUGGCAUUGCUGUUGUUGGAUGGUUAAAGGGGUGGUACCCCUUUUCUCAGACUCCCCUGAAAUGUAUGGUUUGCUCUGAACCCAGAGACCGAUGACAGGUCUGCCGAUGUGGUUGGGUGCAGCUGUAAGUUGCUACAGGAAAGUGUUUGAGGGGGACAAGUCAGAGGUGACUUUGCCCCCUCCCUCAAUUCCAGAUGAGGAAAUUCAGGCCUGAAAAGGGAAAGUGACCACCUCAAGGUCUCAUGCCCCGGAGGACCCAGCAGGAAUCCAAGACCUCUGAAAAGGACGGGCAGGGCUCUUGCCACAGCUAGGGGUGUGGCCAUGGGAACACAGGUUUUCCAUCCAUGGAAGAUACCUGAGGGAUUUUCUCUUCCUCCCUAGGGCCAGCAUCAGAGGAGUGAAUAGCUCAGUUAGCUCAUCUCAGGGGCCAUGUGCCCUGGGAGGUGGUUUGCCACUUUCACGGUUGGACUGAGUUGGAGAGAAACACAGACCCACCCAGGGGUGGGGACAAGCUCCCUGCAACCCAGGACUUGCAGAUCACUUGCCCAAGUGGCUCCCUAGCUCCUGGCUCCUGGCCCGGGCCUGGGACUCUCCCCUAAGUGGGGCUGGCCACUGUGAGGAGCUGACUGGAGGCAGGGACCUCUUGGAUGGCUCAGGCAGUUGGGAUGCCACUUCUGAUAAAGCACGUGGUGGCCACAGUAGGUGCCUGGUUGCUCCACAGCCCGGCCCGAGCCCGGUGCUGCAGAAAGAAAGUGAAAGGGAAAAAGAACUGCGGGGAGGCGGGGAGGUAGGAUGACCAGGGGACGAGCUGCCACAGACUUGCCGCGGCCCCAGAGCUGGCGGGAGGGAGAGGCCACCAGCAGCGCGCGCGGGAGCCGGGGGAACAGCGGCAGCUCACAGUGUGCCAUCAUGGAGGUGGGGCCGCUAGAAGGCGGCUACCUGGAGCUCCUUAACAGCGAUGCUGACCCCUUGUGCCUCUACCACUUCUACGACCAGAUGGACCUGGCUGGAGAAGAAGAGAUUGAGCUCUACUCAGAACCCGACACAGACACCAUCAACUGUGACCAGUUCAGCAGGCUGUUGUGUGACAUAGAAGGCGAUGAAGAGACCAGGGAGGCUUAUGCCAAUAUCGCGGAACUGGACCAGUAUGUGUUCCAGGACUCCCAGCUGGAGGGCCUGAGCAAAGACAUUUUCAUAGAGCACAUAGGACCGGAUGAAGUGAUUGGUGAGAGUAUGGAGAUGCCAGCAGAAGUUGGGCAGAAAAGUCAGAAAAGACCCUUCCCAGAGGAGCUUCCGGCAGACCUGAAGCACUGGAAGCCAGCUGAGCCCCCCACUGUGGUGACUGGCAGUCUCCUAGUGGGACCAGUGAGCAACUCCUCCACCCUGCCCUGCCUGCCAUUGUCUGCGCUGUUCAACCAGGAGCCAGCCUCCGGCCAGACGCACCUGGAGAAAACCGACCAGAUUCCCAUACCUUCCUCCAGUUCCUCGUUGAGCUGCCUGAAUCUCCCUGAGGGACCCAUCCAGUUUGUCCCCACCAUCUCCACUCUGCCCCAUGGGCUCUGGCAAAUCUCUGGGGCUGGAACAGAGGUCUCCAGUAUAUUCAUCUACCAUGGUGAGGUGCCCCAGGCCAGCCAAGUACCCCCUCCCAGUGGACUCACUGUCCACGGCCUCCCAACAUCUCCAGACCGGCCAGGCUCCACCAGCCCCUUUGCUCCAUCAGCCACUGACCUGCCCAGCAUGCCUGAACCUGCCCUGACCUCCCGAGCAAACAUGACAGAGCACAAGACGUCCCCCACCCAAUGCCAGGCAGCUGGAGAGGUCUCCAACAAGCUUCCAAAAUGGCCUGAGCCAGUGGAGCAGUUCUACCGCUCACUGCAGGACACGUAUGGGGCCGAGCCCGCAGGCCGCGAUGGCAUCCUGGUGGAGGUGGAUCUGGUGCGGGCCAGGCUGGAGAGGAGCAGCAGCAAGAGCCUGGAGCGGGAACUGGCCACCCCGGACUGGGCAGAACGGCAGCUGGCCCAAGGAGGACUGGCUGAGGUGCUGUUGGCUGACAAGGAGCACCGGCGGCCGCGUGAGACACGAGUGAUUGCUGUGCUGGGCAAAGCUGGUCAGGGCAAGAGCUAUUGGGCUGGGGCAGUGAGCCGGGCCUGGGCUUGUGGCCGGCUUCCCCAGUACGACUUUGUCUUCUCUGUCCCCUGCCACUGCUUGAACCGUCCGGGGGAUGCCUAUGGCCUGCAGGAUCUGCUCUUCUCCCUGGGCCCACAGCCACUCGUGGCGGCCGAUGAGGUUUUCAGCCACAUCUUGAAGAGACCUGACCGCGUUCUGCUCAUCCUAGACGCCUUCGAGGAGCUGGAAGCACAAGAUGGCUUCCUGCACAGCACGUGCGGACCGGCACCGGCGGAGCCCUGCUCCCUCCGGGGGCUGCUGGCCGGCCUUUUCCAGAAGAAGCUGCUCCGAGGUUGCACCCUCCUCCUCACAGCCCGGCCCCGGGGCCGCCUGGUCCAGAGCCUGAGCAAGGCCGACGCCCUAUUUGAGCUGUCCGGCUUCUCCAUGGAGCAGGCCCAGGCCUACGUGAUGCGCUACUUUGAGAGCUCAGGGAUGACCGAGCACCAAGACAGAGCCCUGACGCUCCUCCGGGACCGGCCACUUCUUCUCAGUCACAGCCACAGCCCUACUUUGUGCCGGGCAGUGUGCCAGCUCUCAGAGGCCCUGCUGGAGCUUGGGGAGGACGCCAAGCUGCCCUCCACGCUCACGGGACUCUAUGUCGGCCUGCUGGGCCGUGCAGCCCUCAACAGCCCCCCCGGGGCCCUGGCAGAGCUGGCCAAGCUGGCCUGGGAGCUGGGCCGCAGACACCAAAGUACCCUACAAGAGGACCAGUUCCCAUCCGCAGACGUGAGGACCUGGGCGAUGGCCAAAGGCUUAGUCCAACACCCCCCAGGGGCCGCAGAGUCCGAGCUGGCCUUCCCCAGCUUCCUCCUGCAAUGCUUCCUGGGGGCCCUGUGGCUGGCUCUGAGUGGCGAAAUCAAGGACAAGGAGCUCCCUCAGUAUCUAGCAUUGACCCCAAGGAAGAAGAGGCCCUAUGACAACUGGCUGGAGGGCGUGCCACGCUUUCUAGCCGGGCUGAUCUUCCAGCCUCGCGCCCGCUGCCUGGGAGCCCUAGUCGGGCCAUCGGCGACUGCCUUGGCGGACAGGAAGCAGAAGGUGCUUGCGAGGUACCUGAAGCGGCUGCAGCCGGGGACACUGCGGGCGCGGCAGCUGCUGGAGCUGCUGCACUGCGCCCACGAGGCCGAGGAGGCUGGAAUUUGGCAGCACGUGGUGCAGGAGCUCCCCGCCCGCCUCUCUUUUCUGGGCACCCGUCUCACGCCUCCUGAUGCACAUGUACUGGGCAAGGCCUUGGAGGCGGCGGGCCGAGACUUCUCCCUGGACCUCCGCAGCACUGGCAUUUGCCCCUCUGGAUUGGGGAGCCUCGUGGGACUCAGCUGUGUCACCCGUUUCAGGGCUGCCUUGAGUGACACAGUGGUGCUGUGGGAGUCCCUGCGGCAGCAUGGGGAGACCAAGCUACUUCAGGCAGCAGAGGAGAAGUUCACCAUUGAGCCUUUCAAAGCCAAGUCCCUGAAGGAUGUGGAAGACCUGGGAAAGCUUGUGCAGACUCAGAGGACGAGAAGUUCCUCGGAAGACACAGCUGGGGAGCUCCCUGCUGUUCGGGACCUAAAGAAACUGGAGUUUGCGCUGGGCCCCAUCUCAGGCCCCCAGACUUUCCCCAAACUGGUGCAGAUCCUCACGGCCUUUUCCUCCCUGCAGCAUCUGGACCUGGAUGCGCUGAGUGAGAACAAGAUCGGGGACGAGGGUGUCUCGCAGCUCUCAGCCACCUUCCCCCAGCUGAAGUCCUUGGAAACCCUCAACCUGUCCCAGAACAACAUCACUGACCUGGGUGCCUACAAACUCGCCGAGGCCCUGCCUUCACUCGCUGCAUCCCUGCUCAGGCUAAGCUUGUACAAUAACUGCAUCUGCGACGUGGGAGCCGAGAGCCUGGCUCGUGUGCUUCCGGACAUGGUGUCCCUCCGGGUGAUGGACGUCCAGUACAACAAGUUCACGGCUGCCGGGGCCCAGCAGCUCGCUGCCAGCCUUCGGAGGUGUCCUCAUGUGGAGACGCUGGCGAUGUGGACGCCCACCAUCCCAUUCAGUGUCCAGGAACACCUGCAACAACAGGAUUCACGGAUCAGCCUGAGAUGAUCCCAGCUGUGCUCUGGACAGGAUUUGCACGUUGGCUGCCAAAGCUGAUCAGCAGCGGGCUUUGUGAAGAUGCCUGGUCUACCAUGUGCCUCCAGCUCAUCACACCCAAGACUCCCUGAGGCCUCUGGAAGGGCAGCACUUGCCUAGUGCCUUCCUCCAGGUCCUGCCACAUCCAAGAACCACCUGGACUAUUAUAUACUUAGUAUUUUAAACCAACGUACUUUUUAAAUUCCAAUUUUUUAAUAAGAUCAUUUAUGUCACUAUAUAACACCCAAAGCAGUAGAAUUUGUCAUACACAGAAGGCAAUGCUAAAAAUACAAUGAAAAUGGAACCAGGAAGUCUAGAUUGAUACCCUUGGCCUGUACAACUGAGCCUGGUGUCAGUCAAAAGGGCAAAGCAGUAGGUACUCAGGGGGUGUCAGGGCCCUGAAAGCCGAUCUGAUCUGCUGCUGUGUAUUCACUGCCGCCCUGGGACGCCUCCAGCAGACCACCUCACUGGGGGAAGCAUCAGGACAGUGUGGCCAGGAGCCCAAUGCUGCCAUCUCAUAGAUGGGUAUCUGAGGUGAGUCAUCGAACUUCUGCAAGCCUCAGUUUCCUCCCUUGUCUAAUGGAACGCUCCUUGGCAGCUUCACAGGGUGAUGCUUGGGGCAAGUGAUGGAGAUGUGGGAGAGGCAGUUAUUUUUAACCACCCAGCCAAGCCCCUUGCCAGGAGGGACUCCCAGGAAUGAAGCCUUACCCUGGAGGGAGUUCCCCGCCACUCCAAGCUUGGGGCCUGGAAUGGCAGCUGUGAGGGCACCAGCAUCAUCUGGGAACUCACUGGGUACCAAUUAUCACCGCCCUUGGGCUACUUCAAAGGGUGCCCACACAGACACACCCUCCUUGGUAACCAGUCCUCAGGAGGAAGGGCACCCAAGGAAAGAGGGAAGGCUUCCUGGGCUAGAGCCCCUUCAGGGUCUGACACGCCAUUGACACUGACCACGUCAUUCAUUAAGCAAGCACCGACUAUACAUCAUUCACUAUCCCAAUCUAAUUUGCACAAGCCCUUAGGCAGGUGCUGCUAUUAUCCCUGUUUUACAGAGAAGGAAACCGAGGCUUAGAAGAUGAAGUCUGAGGUGUUGGUGGAGCUGGGAUUUAAACCAAAAUGUGUCCAACUGCAAAGCAUGUCAGCAACAAUUUUAGAGGUUACACGGAGGUGACCCUAAGUAACAAGGAAUCACAUAUAGUGAGCAAGCAAUUUGCUUUUCAGUUUUUGGUCAAUCGUUAUGAUUAUUUAGAGGAGAAAGUUCAGUUUGGUGCUGGUAUAUCUUAUGUUUAUCACCUGACAGUUGUUAAUCUCUUUUUAACAAAGAGAGCAGGCCAAGGCCCUGUGUCUUUAGCUGGCUUUGGUAUUUGGCCAAAAGUUAAUGACUUUGGCAGUUAGUGUUUUUAUCCAUGCCAAAUGAUGAUGAUUUUCUCUUUAGUGACAGACAUUUUUUAAAAAAUAAAUUCACAUAAAAAAGUAGUUUUACAGAUGAAGCACUAAAACUAGUGUAUUUCAUCUUAAACUGCAAAUUAUAAAGGGAAUAAUAGUAACUUAACAGCAGAGAGACCUGGCAGACACCACCUUCACCAACUGAUCAAAGUUAACAUCGCCAGAAAGGGAACAGAUGACAUGUGCCUCUCGAUAAGAUGCACUGAAGACACACACUCACUUCUGCAAUAUUCCUGCCAAGAAUGCCUCAUCUGAAUCUAAUCUCGAGUAUAACCAUCAGACAAACCCAAAUUGACAGACAGUUUACAAAACACCAGCGUUGUACUCUUCUAAUAUGUCAAUGUCACAAGAGAUAAAGACAGACUGAGGAGCUGAUCCAGACUGAAGAAGGCUCGAAAUUAAUGCAAAAGCUCAUCUGGGAUUGCAUCCUGGACCUCAACUCUCCCCUUUUUAUUGUUAAGGGACACUAUUGGGACAAUUUUUUUUUUUUUCUUUUUGAGACAGGGUCUUGCUCAGUCGCCCAGGCUGGAGUGCAGUGGUGCAAUAAUAACUUGCUGCAGCCUUGAACUCCCGGACUCAAGCGAUCCUCCUGCCUGAGCCUUCCGAGUAACUGGGACUAUGGGCAUGUACCACAACACCUCACUAUUUUUUUUUUUCCUACUUUUUGUAGAGACAGGGUCCCACUAUGUUGCCCAGGCUGGUUUCAAACUCAAGUGAUCCUUCCACCUCAGCCUCCAUAAAAUUUGAAUAAAGUUGUAGAUGAGAUUGGUCAUAGGAUUGUAUAGUGUAUCAAUAUUAGAUUUGCUGAUUUUCACAACCCUACUGUGGUUAUGCAAAUUUGUCCUUGUUCUAAGGAAAUAAACACUGAAUUAUUUAGGAGUAAACGUGCAUAAUGAACUCAUUUUCAAAUGCUUAUGAAAAUUACACAUAUACACGUGUGUGCAUAUACACAGGCAUGCAUAUACAGAGGGAAGUGCAUGCAUGUGUACGUGAGCAAAGGGCUAAUUGGUGCAACUGGUGAAUUUGGGUGGGCAUUCUUCGUGCUCUUGCAACUUUUCUGUAAGUGUGAAAUUAUUUCAUAACAGAGGUUUUUGUUUGUUUGUUUGUUUGUUUUUAAUUCAGGAAAAAGUUGCAAGAGUGCGUAUGAAACAGGCCUGGCAGAAACUAUGAGCUGGUGUUCCAAGGUCGGGGAUGGGGAGCCCUCACUGGAGGCACCCCUCAAACCCUCAGUGCUGUGGCCAGGGAACCGGGCUGGCAGUCUUACUUGGCUUUAUUCCCUCGGCCUCCACUUCCCCAUUCUGUGCCUCUGUUUAUUUGUGAGACGGGGAUAAAGAGGUCUGCCACUUUUAUUGUGAUCUUAGGUUUCCCAAAAGCAGAGUAUGCUUUCAAAAGUUCUGGGAGGAAAGCUAGCAGAUAAACCAGAAAUAUGAAUAUCCAAAUUGAGAGAAGCCCUCACUUUCUUAGUUCAGCAAAACAGACACAUGAGCUGUAAGUGGGGCAGACCCUGCCUGUUUCUUGGCUGAAAUCUCCAGUUUGUAUAAUUCGGGGCUAAGAGAGCGGGGCCCUUGACAUCUCACUGUCUUGAGACACAUACUGGGAUUUUCUCCUGUCUGAAGACGCAGCUGGCACCAAUGUACCCUGUGGCCAAGGACCUUCUAGGUGAGCCUCAUGUCAGGAGCAGAGCUGGAGAGGUGGCCAGGCCUGGGGGUAUACUUGCCUCCCUGUGUCACCAUUGUCUGUCUCUUGCUUAGAUGACAGCCACAGCUUCCUGGCCUGGUUUCCUGCAUCCGCCCUGACCCCUGGCUGUGGGAUCUCCCAUAACUUGAAUCUGACUGUGUCCCUGCGGAAGGUUUGGGUUUCUGACCUGGGCAGCUAUAUGUCCAGCACAGGCGUUCUGCUGAUAGCACAGGCCACAAAUUGGCAAGGAGGGACCAGGUUAGGAAGAAGCAGCUGUGGUUCCUAGUUGGGAGAUAACUGAAGCCUAGGAAAUCCUGGAAUAAGAUAGACCAAUGCGUCUGAUAACCCUCAGUUCCAAAUCUGAGCUGCACCAGGACAAGCCGACUCUGGUGGCAAUGUUCUCCAGUCUCUGCAUUUUCAGCUCGCUGUGUGCCAAGAGAGGGCUGGCAGGUACCAGCAGCUUUCACUUUCAUUAGGAACCAGGAUGAAUAAUCCAACUGAGCUGCCUCUGCACCAGAACUGCUGGGACAUGAGGACUCUCCCUGGCUCCCAAGCCAGCCACUGCGGCCCUUUCUUCUGGGAAGGAGGGAGCUCCCGAUUCCCCAUUCCCUGCUCCUGGGCAACAAUUAACACCCUAGGAAAACCACAGAACCAGCUCUCCAGGGUUCUGGUGCCUUGGGGACCACAGGGCAGCAAGAAAGGUCUCCUAAGGGUCCUGGGGCUGGGAAGGCAGAGUGGGAAGUCUCCCCCAGCUAGGCUAGACCUGGACCUCCCUGACACUCAGGCAGCCUAUCCUCUUCUGCUCAUGGGAUACAAAUAUUCUUGCACGAGUACAGGUGCAGGUUUGUACAUUCGCAAGGGCAUGGGUAUAACACGCUUUCCAUUGUAUCUGACUAUGAAUAUGAGUGGUUAAUAUUAAUACAUCUCUUACUACAUACAAGGAGGUCUAAGUGCUUUAUGUAUAUAUCACUUAAUCCUCACAACAAGGGAGAUUUUCAUUAUUUCCAUCUUCUAGAAGAGGAAACCAAAGUACAGGGAGGUUAAGCAGCAUGCCCAAGGUCACAGCUACCCUGGGAUGUGAACCCAGGGCCCUGGCUCUUAACCAUGACCCUAAUACUGCCUCCUCAAGUAGGUGCUCAGCAAAUGUUUGAGGAACUGAAUUAUGUGGGUCCACACAUAAGAGAAAAAAAAAGCGGCAGCAAAAGUGGGUGCACCUGUUCAUCUUGAGAUUCAUCCUGGGCCCCACUGCGUGACAUGCUCCACGCCCUUAGUCACUGUUUCCUGGAUUGGCGUGUGGGGAACACAUGUGACCACAGGAGAAUGGCUGAGAAAGAGCAGGACUGACUACCGGCGUUCCCCUGCCUAUGGAAAGGGGCCUGGAGAUGAGGCUCGGUCAGAUCAUCUUGAGGCCUUUCCUGGCGGCUUCCCUGCUGCUAGCCACCCCUCUCAUACCCUGGGGUUCUGAGCUUCCUCGGCACUUGAGGGCAAGGCCUCCUUCACUUGGAUUUGAGGGUGGGGAGGAAGGAAGGCUGUGCAUGGCUUCCACCACUUCUCCAGGCCUCCCCACUUCCCAGGGUCAGGCCCUGACGCCCCGAGAGCUUUGCAAGGGUGUCCCUGAGAGAUACUUCCUGGUGUUUCUGCUUAAACAGCGUUUGCUGCAAAAUAUGUCGAAGCAUUUGGGAUUCAGUUUUUAGUUCAGAAUAUGCCAAUGUUUUCAUUUGGAAGGGGAAGUGUUUCUGUUGAUGUGGUAAAGAGAUAAAAUAAGACGUUCUUCACCAAGUUACGCUGCUUCAAAGUCAAAUGCUUAGCUUGGAGACAGGGAUUUAUCUUGGGAUCGCAGGGCCUUAGCACAUGGCCUGGAAGAAGAGCAGGCACGGUCAAAGUCUGUUGAAUGAGAGAGUGCAUGUGCAAAGGGCCUACACCCAGGAGUGCGAUAGAAUCAAUGCUCAGUACAGAUUUUGAAUGGAUUCCAUAGGUUCUACUUUCGAGAGUUGUUCUCAGUCUGUUCAUGUUUCUCUAUCUUCACUAAACUCCCCUCAUCCAAGCCUCUGUCACCUCUGGCCUGGACAACUAACAGCAUCCGAGGUGGUGGCCCUGCUUCCCCUCUUACCCCUCAGCUCAUUCUGUCCACAAUUGCCAGAGUCAUUUUUGCAAAAUGGGAAUGGGAUUGUGUCAUCUCCUGCC